AUGAAACGCCCUAACGAUUACGGAAAUCAAAGUCACGAUAAUAACCAGAAAAAACCACGUUUUGGACAAAGCGCUUAUAGCGGUAAUAAUUAUUCUAUGGGUGGAGGUAUGAGAAGCGACCUUGCACAAGGUUCCUCAAAUAGUGAUUUAUAUAGUCAUUUUCCUCCUGUUGGUCCAUCAGCAAUGAUGAUGGGUAACCCUACAUACUCUCAAGGUGCGGCUGGUUUUCACCAUCAUCCAGGUCAUACUGCCGGCCACUUUGGCAUGAGCGGGUACCACCAAGCCUCACAAUACGCUACCUCUAUGAAUCAAUAUACUCCUAGUGUCAGCAGCAUGGUUCCUCAAUUCUCUGGGGCUUUUUCUGCCGCACAGUUUCCAACUUCUUACCAACAGACCGCCGUCGCUUCUCCCUCUACAAACGCAACUGGUCGAACCGUUUAUCUCGGAAAUCUUCCUCCAGACGUACCAGUUGAUGAAAUCCUCAAUCAAGUUAGAGUCGGUCCAAUAGAAUCGGUCCGUGUACUUGCUGAUAAAAGUUGUGCUUUUAUUUCGUUUAUGGAUGGCUCUGCGGCUAUGGCAUUUUAUCAAGAUGCUUCAACUCGUAAAAUCCUUAUCCAAGGACAAGAAUUGAAGGUCGGAUGGGGUAAAGCUUCUCCGGUACCCGUUAAUGUUCAAGUUGCAGUUUCUACUCAAAAUGCUACACGUAAUGUUUAUUUGGGUAAUUUAGAUGAAACUAUAACAGAAAGUACUUUACGUGAAGAUUUGUCAAAAUAUGGCAAUAUUGAUACUGUUAAGAUUGUUAGAGAAAAGAACAUUGGUUUUGUUCACUUUUUUACUAUUUCUAGUGCCAUGAAGGCUGUACAAAGCUUACCAACCGAACCCAAAUAUACAAAUAAAAAAGUAAACUAUGGAAAGGAUCGAUGUUCCCAGAGACCCAAUUUAGGAAAUGGCACGACCGCUCAAUAUGCUGGAUUCCCAACCGGAGCUCUUAAUUUUCAAAGUUUCGGUAAUGCCGCUAUGGGAUUCGGUUUUGAUCCAUAUCAAAAUGCGGUCGUCGCCGCCACAAGUCAUCUUGAUAAUGGUACUGAACUAAGAAGUCCAACUAGUCCAUUAUUCUCUUCCGCUUCAUCUGCUGCUGGUAGUGCAACUUCUGGUUCAACCAUUGGCAAUCGAACGAUUUACCUUGGUAAUAUUCAUCCGGAUACGUCAUGUGAAGAAAUUUGUAAUGUUAUCCGAGGUGGAAUUCUCCAACAAAUUCGCUAUAUACCGGAAAAGCACAUAGCUUUUAUCACUUUUAUUGAUCCUAGUGCUGCAAAUAGCUUUAUGUAUCUGGCUCAACAAACAGGCGUUAUGGUAAAAAAUCGUCGCCUUAAGAUUGGUUGGGGAAAAAAUCCAGGACCUUUACCAGGAUAUAUCCAGUUGGCCGUUAAUACUCAAAGCGCCUCUCGUAAUGUUUAUGUGGGACAAAUAGAUGAUAAUAUUAGUGAAGAGAAACUUAAGAGAGACUUUUCCGAAUACGGUGAUAUUGAACUUGUCAAUAUCCUUAAGGAGAAGAAUUGUGGAUUUGUCAACUUUACUUCGAUCACAUCUGCUAUGAAGGCCAUCGAAAAUAUCAAGAUGAAAGAAGAAUAUAAAAAAUUCCGUAUCAAUUAUGGAAAAGAUCGUUGUGGUAAUCCUCCGCGAGGUUCUUCUGCUAGCUCAAGUAAUGGUACAGGUGGAAAGACCAAGGGUCGUAAUAAUGGCGAGUCCGAUGCAAGAGUACUUCAUGCUGGUGAUUCAGAAACUGGAAAUAUCGAUAUUGUUGAUGAAGAAGUUGGGGAUGAAGUCGAUGAAUAA